AUGCAACAACCCUGGUGCUUAAUGCAUUCUCUUGCACAAUGGGGCAGUGGUGACAAGGAUAAAAGCUCGAUGAACAUGGGAAUUGCCGUUAGAAUGGCUGGCAUCCUACGACUUCACCGAGAGGAAACUUACAGUCUUCCACCAGAUGCCACGACGGAUAAGAUAGUUGAGGCAGAAACAGCUAGGCGUACAUUCUGGGUUUUGGAAACUGAGGAUAAUCUUCAUUCCAGCCACGCGUCCCCUGUGGCGUUUGGCGCAGACGAUAUUACAACUUUGCUCCCAUGCGAAGAAUCUGAUUUUGCUUUUGGGCGUAUACCUUCGUCUCGGGCGGCACUACCAGGAACCAAAGCGGCAAAGUUAUGGCCAGAACUGACAUCUCUCCCAUCGCGGUCGCUCUUCGCCACACUCCUCCAAGCACAUAGUCUAUGGGGAAGUGUCGCUCGAAAGGCAUGGCGAGCAGAUUUCUGCUCUGAGGGCCCGCCUCCCUGGGAUCCUGAUAGUACAUAUGCUAAAAUGUGUCAAAUAUUGACACAGUGGGAACGUGACACUCCAGCUAGCCACCGAUGGAGUGUCUGGAAUAUGAGAGGACAUAGCGCAGAGCAGGUCCAUGCAGCUUAUCUGAGCGUUGUUAUGGUGACAAGGUUAAGCCACAUCGUCAUUCGGAGAGUUUACUUGGAAGAGUAG